UGCUGGCAUUAUGUUUCCAGAGUCUGGAAGCUUUAGCAGCGGCCUCUGUCUGAGACGCUGAAACGUCUUUAAAGAGCGAAGUCCAGGUUUGUCUUAUCUGGUGGGGGGAGAGACCUGCGUGUCUAAAAGACACGUACAGUUCGUACGUCUUGUUUCAAACAGGAGAAACAAAGCAGCAGUCUGAUGUGGAUUACUGCCUUAAUACUACGUCUAUUAAUAUUCAUACUUUUCUUUUAAAUUUUGCUCAUGAUUCCAUCUUUGCAAUUUAAAAAAAUAUAUAUUUUUGCUUAAGAAUUAGAAUUGAUAGUUUUCACAUAAUAUGUAAAAAUAUAUUUUAUAUCCAUACAUCUACUCAUGUAAAUAAUGGAAGUCGGAAAACUGAACUUUAUUUUAAAGUUACUUCUCACUCCUUUUAUUAUGUGUAGUCAAGUGUAAUAGGAAGGGCUGAAUAGAGGUAAGAGGUAAUAUUCCUAAGAAGAGCAAUACAUCAUUUUCUUUAUUUCUCUUUCUUUCUUUCCGGAGAGUUCAAAGAAAAAGACAAAAAGAAAAGAAAACAAAAAAGAUGAUUCCAUGAUCUGGAAAAAAAAACAAAAAAAACAAAAAAAACAAAAGAAACAUUUUUGUCUGGAAUUAACCAAGAAAAACAGAUAAAGUUUCAUGGAAAACUUCUCACUGUGGUAAUUUAUCAACAAAAUGCAUAAAACCGGAGGACCAAUGCUGGGAUACUGAGCGCCCGCAUGGUGGGCCGUGAACUGUAUGUUGAAAACAGCGAGUUUUUUGGUAAGCUUGGGAAGUAAGUCUGAUCUUUUUGUGUGUGAAUUAUUGCUUCCUGUUUUGAUUCUUAAAGAUUAAACAAGUUCUCCUCCUCCGACGUCUAUCUCUGCACGUUUUGACUAUUUUUUAUAAUUUGUGCAGGAAUGAUUUUUAAGUCCUGACAUUUUAAAUUAAAAACAAAAAGUGGUUACAGUCAGCCUUUGGAAAGCAGCAGGUUGCAGAUAAGGUCAGCAAAUGGUUAAAGUGCGGGGAGGCGGAAGAGGUGUGUUUCUGCUCUCUGGCUUCCACCGGAUGGCGAAAUGAGCCAAACAACACGGACCGCGAUAAAGUAGCAGGAAAACAACGAGCGGAGUCACGGCGGGACGGAAAAACACGCGAAAAACACAAAGUGCGUGUCUGCCGUCAACACGAGCGUCCGCGCGCGCACAUCGGAGUUUUACUUAAUUUUUUUUUCUCGAGGCAAAACUUUUUCUUUUCUCUUGUCCGACACGGAAACAACAACCAAGAGAGGAAACUCAACAAAACUCUUCCUCCGACCUGAGAACUCAACAGAUGCGCGUCCAUCCGAGCACGCUCCUGUCCUGAGACUCGCGCCGCUCGCGCGUCAUUUCACCGGGUUUAGAGCUUGCUGCCAGCAGCAGGAUGGGGAACAGCAGCAGUGACCGGUCCAGCGGGGGACAGGGGGACAGGUCCUACCGGGAUGGACAGCAGGGGGGGAAGGAGGCUCGACCCGACAUCAUGAUGGACAGCACGGAGGACGGAGACAUUUUCAGCAGGGAAGACCCAAAGACUCCUCAGGGAAUGCAGGAGUUUCUUGCCUGGCAGCAGGACCUGGACAGCGACAGCAAAAGCCCAACGCAGGCCAGACCCACGGUGUUCAGAUGGGCGGGAGCCGCCAAAGAAGUCUUCGUCUCUGGCUCUUUCAACAACUGGGCCACAAAGAUCCCGCUCAACAGGAGUCAGAAAAACUUUGUGGCGAUUGUGGACCUGCCCGAGGGGGAGCACCAGUACAAGUUCUGCGUGGACGGUCAGUGGAUCCUGGAUCCGACUGGGGCCGUGGUGACGUCUAAAACUGGAACAGUCAAUAAUGUCAUCCAAGUGAAACAAACGGAUUUUGAAGUGUUCGACGCUCUCAGGAUCGACUCGGAGGACUCGGCAGACAUCUCAGACUUGUCCAGUUCUCCCCCCGGUCCCUACCAGCAGGAUGGGUACACGGUCAAAGCUGAGGACAAGUUCAAACAUCCUCCUAUUUUACCGCCACACCUGCUGCAAGUGCUGCUCAACAAGGACACGGGCAUCUCCUGCGACCCGACGCUUCUCCCAGAGCCGAACCAUGUGAUGCUGAAUCACCUGUACGCCCUCUCCAUCAAGGACGGAGUGAUGGUUCUCAGUGCAACACACCGAUACAAAAAGAAGUAUGUGACCACUCUCCUCUACAAGCCCAUAUAACUCCGAGAGCCGGGAUUCAGACUCCACUCAUGUUUUGAUGUACACAGCUGCUAUUUCGAUUUUUUUUUUUUUAUAUUCAAACUGGACCCGAAUGAUUUUUUUUUUUUUUAUAGUUCAAUCACCAAAGUUUUUUUUUUUGUCUUUUCACUAUUAGAUUUACAUUUUGUUGCACAAUGUUAACAUGUAGAUGAAUGAAGCUUCACCCACAGCUACCAUCUCGUUGCAACAAUCAAGAUUUUUCUGUUUUUAUGUUUAUUCAAAGACUGUUUGCUACAGUUUUGCAAGAGAUUUAGUCAAGAGACCAAACUCCAAAGUCAGAGACUUUUUUUGUGAAUAUGAUAGGAAGUGGUGCUGUAUAGCUGUAACCUUUGUUACCUGAGUCUGUACAUGAGCAAACACACACACAAGGACACUGAGAUGUUGAAAUUCAGCUGGAAAAGAACUCUCUGACAAUGUCAUCUUUACUUCUUCUUUGUAGACAGAUUGGUUUGUACUCAUGAAGCCUCUUUUCACACCAGACUUUUGAGAAAUUAAAAGUUUUUUUUAAUCAAAUCUGA